UUUCAAAUCAAAAUAGUUAAAAAGCUUUUAAGACUAAUUUGUUCUUUUAUUUUGAUUUUUUCGUAUCUGCACUUAUUACUAUGUAGGUAUCCUAUAUGUAAGUAUUAUAUUAGAGAUGAAAAUGCUUGUAAUUUUAUACUAAAUUAGCUAAUUUCAAACAUGAGCAAAGGUAUUUACCAUUGGAAACUUGGAGAUGUUGCACUGGCCAGGAUGUGUCAAAAAGUUUAUGCCAAAGUUCAAGUCGUAAGGGAUGAAAAGGGCUUAUUUUAUGACUGGAAAGUUCUAGGCAUCACGGCAGAUGAAGAUGGCAACCUUCAGGUUACCAAAGAGCUCUGCUACUACACUGAAACCUGUCGUACGAAGCACAGACUGUGGUUACCAUACACUUGUCUCCAUCUGGCUGAACGAUCCCGUCCGUUUUACGGGGUUGAUAAACUUUCCCCACAAAAGCCAACAAAACAAAGUAAUACUACUCCUAGAAAGAGGAAAUUCAAAGAGGAUCACACGCUGCCCCUCUGUGUAAAGCCAAGUAACAGAGCUCCGGACCUCAACAUCACAUAUGACAAGACACACACUCCCUUAAAACAGGGCCGAUAUGAGAAUGCCUUCAAUGAAUUUGUCCGGCAGGGAAAGGAAAUGUUAUUUGACCAUUUCUAUUAUUUAUUAAAGAACAACAUUGAAGAGAAUGAAGAUAUUUUAGAUUACUUGAUGAAUGUAGAUGCAAGUACGGAGGAUAAGUUUGAAGCGGUGAUAAAGAAUAUUGUUACUUUGAAGGAGGUUGAGAAUUAUUUGCAUCAAUGCUGGAGGUACAAUUUCGUUCAUAAGGCAGAGAAGGAUUCUAACUCUAAUGACACCUCCCCAGUAAAAGCAGCUAUAACCCUCCACAUUUCUUGGUGUCUGGUGUGCGGGCUCGACACUAACAGACUGCGGGAAUGUACCAACUGUCCGGCGUCGUACCAUUUGUCGUGCAGGCGGGAAUGGCUCCUCACUAUCAUACACCGCAAGAACCCUCCCCAAAAGGCGCCAAAGCAGGUGACUCUAGUGGAGAAGAUACUUUCCAGUACUAGAACUAUUUGUUCAGUGAAGAAGAAUGACAAUAAGGAGAAUCUCGACUUAUGUCCCAGUUGCAUGUGGGGGCCGAAAGUUGGUUACGACGACGUGGUGUGGCACAAGCUAGGCACGUGUUCGUGGUGGCCGGCGAAAGUGCUGCCGCCCGGCGCCGUGCCUUCUUGUCUGCUGGCCAAAUCCCACUCCGCGCACCAGUGGCCUUUGAGAUAUUAUGGCGCGGAGAACUAUUCGUGGGGGGACAUGUCUCGUAUGUGCCUGUUCCUGCCGAGCCACACGGCCGCGCUACGCGGGCACAACCCGCUGCUGCAGAAAGGCGUUCUGGACGCUUGCGACGAUUAUAUCGCUGUUUAUUUGACUUAGGAAGAUUCAUAGUAUUUAUAAAAAGAAAAACAUACUAGUAGCACCCUAAGUAGCUCUUUUUUGGAAACAUUUUUUUUUUAUUAAUACUGAAUUGAUUACACGACCACAGUGUCGAACCGAUAUUAUUUUGUGCAAUUUUCUAUACCUAAACCAACCUAGUUUUAAGGCAGAUUAUUUAAAGAUCGUUUUUCAUUUUUUGCAAUUUUCUGUAAACCAAAAAAUAAUUUUAAGGCAGAUCAUUUAAAGAUCGUUUUUUACGUUACCCUUUUGUGAUAAUUAGUUUAGUUUUGUUACAACAAUGCUUUUUUGCAUGACCAUGUUUUUGACCAAAACUAGUAAUUUUUACUUGCAUGUGUAUAUUUAUGGUGUGUUUCAAAUCAUGUUUCGAAUCAUCAACAUGACUUUUUGGAAAUUGUAUACUUUUUAAUGUUGACUAAUUUGUUUUGUUGAAUAUUGUAUUUGUUUAAAAAUUUUAACAUUAUGUUAAUCUAAUUUUAAAGUAAUUUUUACUCCAUUACUUUAGUUCGUAUUCAUAACGUAAUACGAAUUAAAAUGACAAAUUUGAAUAUAAAAUUCGCAACCACAUUGGUUUUGUUUUUGACAUGGAAUUAGUAGGUACACAAUGUACUUAUUAAAUCCAUAGUUUUUGCAAAAUGUUUCAUUGGUUAUUAAAUCCAUAGUUUUUGCAAAAUGUUUCGUUGGUUCAAGUUUGCUUAGCAACCACCUAUGCUCUAUGCUUACUCGACCAAGUUAGUAUAACUAGUAAAAAUUUGCAAUUGAGCAAAGACAAUGACGACCUCGGUGGCGCAGUGGUAAGAUUCUUGCCACUGAACCGAGAGGUCCCGGGUUCGAUCCUCGGUCGGGUCAUGAUGGAAAAUGAUCUUUUUCUGAUUGGCCCGGGUCUUGGAUGUUUAUCUAUAUAUGUAUUUGUUAUAAAAUAUAGUAUCGUUGAGUUAGUAUCCCAUAACACAAGUCUCGAACUUACUUUGGGGCUAGCUCAAUCUGUGUGAUUUGUCCUAAUAUAUUUAUUAUUUAUUAUUAUUUAUUUAUUUUAUCUAUUUACGAAGCAACAUACAUUAAAAUUAAAAAAUAAAAUCAUUAAAAAAACGUUUAAAAAUCGAUCGAUCAUUUUGAUGUGAUGCUAUCGAAGGAUUUAGAUAUAAAGAUUAAUUUAAUUCAAAUUACAAAGGACUGAUAUUAUUAUCGUAAUUAAAUCUAUAUACAAUAUCUUACAUUUUCCAUCAUUGAAGUGAUCCGAAGUUUUAUUAAUAAAAUCUAAAGGUACCUACGUUCAUUCGUCAUUCUAUAAAUUCAUGAUCACGCCACACAUAUUAAAUGUUUUAAAUGAUGUAUUCAUGAUCACGCCACACAUAUUAAAUGUUUUAAAUGAUGUAUUCAUGAUCACGCCACACAUUUUAAAUGUUUUAAUAUGUGUGGCGUAGUGUAGCGUGCGUAGAUCACGUAGACAAGAAAAUAAAAUACUGGCCAGUAUGAAAAAAAUAAUUGCAGAUUUACUUUUUUGAGCAGGUAUGACAAAAUAGGCUAUAUUUUGCCGCCAUGUUGAUUAAAAUAUAGCCCCAAAUCAAAGGUUUUGUCAAUAAAACAAAUAU